AUGAGUGCCAACCAUCCCUUGUAUGAACUUCACGAGAGUGUGUGUGAAGAGAAAAAUCUUGAUCCAAACAUCUUUGUUUUCCAGUUACCUGACAAACCUACCUCUCAGGUUAAUCUGAAAUAUACUCUCCAAGAACUGGGAUUAAUCAACUAUGAGCUCAAUUUAGUGCACAGAGCUGAGAUGGAUCAUUAUAUGUCAGUUCCUAAUUUAUCCAACACUGAAUCUGCAUGGAUGAGUGACCAAUCUACAAUUAAAUCAUCUCCAAAUACAACUUACCUCAAUGUGCCUCCUCCUCGGGGAGACUCUCGAAAGAAGAGAGGUUUCUUUUCUUUCUUAAGGAAGGACAAACGAGGCAAAUCUUUGCUAUCUUCUUACUGUCUAUCUCUCGCCACUUUCAUUUUUCACUCUCUUUCUGGUCACUCUCUCUCCCCAGUCUGUCCCUCUGGUUGCUCUACUGAUCUCAGUUGCUCUCUCACAUUCUCUUAUCUCUCUCUCACAUUCUCUUAUCUCUCUCUCACAUUCUCUUAUCUCUCUCUCACAUUCUCUUAUCUCUCUCUCACAUUCUCUUAUCUCUCUCUCACAUUCUCUUAUCUCUCUCUCACAUUCUCUUAUCUCUCUCUCACAUUCUCUUAUCUCUCUCUCACAUUCUCUUAUCUCUCUCUUCUCACUUGUUGCUCUUGUCGCUCUCUCUCAUUCAUCACUCUUCUCUCAUUCAUCGCUCUUCUCUCUCUCUCUCUCGUCGCUCUUCUCUCUCUCUCUCUCUCGUCGCUCUUCUCUCUCUCUCUCUCUAAGCCUCUUCUCUCUCUCUCUCUCUCUCUUCUCUCUCUCUCUCUCUCUCGUCGCUCUUCUCUCUCUCUCUCUCGUCGCUCUUCUUCUCUCUCUCUAGUCGCUCUUCUCUUGUCUCUCUCUCUCUCUUCUCGCUCUUCUCUUCUCUCUCUCUCUCUCUCUUUCUCACUGCUCUCUCUCCAGUUGCUCUUUUCUCUCUCUCUCAGUUGCUCUUUUCUCUUCUCUCUCUCAGUUUGCUCUUUUCUCUCUCUCUCCGGUUGCUCUUUUUUCUCUCUCUCUCUCUCUCUUUUUCUCUUUUUUUCUCUGUCUUUUUUUCUCUCUCUCUCUCAGUUGCUUUUUUUUUCUCUCUCUCUCUCAGUUUGCUCUUUUUUUCUCUCUCUCUCUCCGGUUGCUCUUUUUUCUCUCUCUCUCUCUCAGUUUGCUCUUUUUUUUCUCUCUCUCUCAGUUUGCUUUUUUUUUCUCUCUCUCUCUCCGGUUGCUCUUUUUUUUCUCUCUCUCUCCGGUUGCUCUUUUUCUCUCUCUCUCUCAGUUGCUCUUUUUCUCUCUCUCUCUCAGUUGCUCUUUUUCUCUCUCUCUCGUUUGCUUUUUUUUCUCUCUCUCCGGUUGCUCUUUUUUCUCUCUCUCUCCGGUUGCUCUUUUUUUUCUCUCUCUCUCUCUCCGGUUGCUCUUUUUUCUCUCUCUCUCCGGUUGCUCUUUUUUCUCUCUCUCUCCGUUUGCUCUUUUUUUCUCUCUCUCUCUCCCGGUUGCUUUUUUUCUCUCUCUCUCCGGUUGCUCUUUUCUCUCUCUCCGGUUUCUUUUUUUCUCUCUCUCUCCGGUUGCUCUUUUUCUUUCUCUCUCCGGUUGCUCUUUUUCUUUCUCUCUCGGUUGCUCUUUUCUCUCUCUCUCUCUCUUUCUCUCUCCGGUUGCUCUUUUUCUCUCUCUCUCUCUUCUCUCUCCGUUUGCUCUUUUUUCUCUCUCUCUCUCUCUCUUUUCUCUCUCCGGUUGCUCUUUCUCUCUCUCUCUCUCUCUCUCCUCUUUUCUCUCUCUCUCUCUCUCUCUCUCUCUCUCUCUCUCUCUCUCUCUCUCAGUUGCUCUCUUUUCUCUCUCUCUCUCUCUCGGUCUUGCUCUUUUUCUUUCUCUCUCUCUCUCGGUCUUGCUCUUUUUCUCUCUCUCUCUCUCUCGGUCUUGCUCUUUUUCUCUCUCUCUCUCUCUCGUUGCUCUUUUUCUCUCUCUCUCUCUCUCCGGUUGCUCUUUUUUUCUCUCUCUCUCUCCGGUUGCUCUUUUUUUUUCUCUCUCUCUCUCCGGUUGCUCUUUUUUUUUCUCUCUCUCUCUCCGGUUGCUCUUUUUUUUUCUCUCUCUCUGGUUUCUCUCUCUCUCUCUCUCUCUCUCUGGUUUCUCUCUCUCUCUCUGGUUCUCUCUCUCUCUCUCUCUCUCUCUCUCUCUCUCUCUCGCGCUCCGGUUGCUCUUUUUUUCUCUCUCUCGCCGCUCGGUUGCUCUUUUUUCUCUCUCUCUCUCUCCGGUGAUAUUUUGAAUAAUCGCAAUAAUGCCAAAAGCAGACCAGCAUCCAUGUUUACACCCAUGACCGACACAUUUGAGAGCUAUUUAAACAAGCCCAAAAAGUCAUCAAAAAAGAAACCUGCUCCUCCUCCACCUACUGGUCACCCUCCUGCCACAGGGAGAAAACCACAAGAUGACCAUACAGGUGUGCCUAUGCAGCAGCAGCGGCAGCAGUUACCUAUGCAUCCCCCAGGUGAGGUUAUAAAUUCAGGCACUGACCAAGGCUACCAGACGUUCCAAAAGCACUCACAAGCCAACUCUGAUUCUAGUAGCUGUCAGCGGCAAAGGGCUGCAACUGAGCCCGUACCGCAAUCUUAUAAAAUAGAAACAGAUUCUAUGGAACGUAGCGAUGACAUGAAUCAUUUCAGUCAGCCAUCAAGCACUAAAUAUCAUUAUUUGUCCGAUAUUCCUCACCGUGCACCAACUGAAGAUGAUUACCUUCCAGAGAAUCUCAGUGGCAAAAAUGUAACUCCUAUUAGUCCUCAAGGUUUAAGUGUGCAACGUAAAACUGCAAAUGAUAUGUAUGCUAGUCCAUUAAAAAAACGAAAGCCUGCCCCAUUACCACCUCCAGGAGGACCUCAAGUUCGUCCCAAGUUUGAUAUCCUUUCUGCAGCUGAAAAAUCUGACCCUGAUACCCCAAACACCUGCAACCUUUCAAAUGCACUUGAUAGACCCAACUCAUCUCAUUCCACCCCAGUAGAACAAAUGGAAAUUGCAAAUCAUGCUUCCAGAACACCUCUCAUUACCAUCAAAACAGAAAAACCAGCAGAAGACAACAAUUCAAUAAUUGAAGCUCAAGAUGAGGGCAUUGACGUAGAAGCGGAUACAGAGAGCAUGACGGAACAGAUUUCCAUGAAUGAUUCAAUCAAGUAUGAAGUCAGUGCCAAUAAUUUUGCUACAUUUGAGGAGGACCACAUUGGGGAAGUUGGCACCAAAUUACUUCGGCCAUGUUCUUUUAAUGCUCCACCACCACCACCCCUCUCACCACCACCGGGAGAACCACCUACAGACAUCCCAAGCCCUAUUAUAAUUAUAGGAACUGAAAUGGUCGACAAAAGUGUUGGUAUUUCUGAAGAUUCUACUUCUUUAACUGCUAGUGAUACUAGUCCACAUGGUGGACAUGCCCGAAGUUUGAGCAAAGUGAGCACUGCAUCUUCAGUUGGCACUGCAGAUGAAGUAACUUGUGCUUUUGAUGAAACAAUAGCUGUGGCUGAAGAAGCCUUGCAAAAUGAGUUAAUGGACCAAAUGACAAAAGCUCCAGCUAAAGGUGAAGAACAACAAAUGGAACAAAAACUGUUUGUUGAACAAUUGAGUAAGGCAUCUUCUGAAGAAACCUUAAAUGUUUCACCAACUGCAACAACCAAACAGGUGCAGUCAAAAAGGGCUGCUGAAAGCAGAACAGUUAAUGGAUCAGCAGAGAACAAAUUUGCAGGAACACCGCCAUACGUUGAACAAAUGAAGAAUUCAGUGGUAAGUGAUGGUAACAAGCACUUAUCAGACACCAUCACUCACAACGUUGCCUUACACAACAAUUCACCAAAAAAGAAAAAUUCUGAUAUAAUCAGUAUUUCUUCUGACGGAAGUUUCACUACCAUUGGUACAUCGGAUGUUUCGACAAAUAGUGUCCACAAUGCAGAGGCUGAAGUUAACGAUGUCAUUAAAGAAACUACAGAGGUUAAGCAGUAUGAUAAUGGCAUCACUGAAAUCCAAAUUCCAGUUCCUCAAAAACACACCCAGUCUUCUGCAGAAAAUGAGAAAAUUGGUAAUAGUAAACCAUCAGUUAUUGAAAUGGAACACUUUCAGGUCAAUGGAAUGGAGAUUGGAAUUGAAAAGACAGCUGCUCUUACCAAGACAAAAAUUGGCCAACAAGUGACUGUGAUUCGUCCAAAUCUUGAAACUAGUGCAUCGCUGGAACUGAGCCGUUCUUCAAGUGCUGCAGAGCUGGCACAGUAUAUGGAAAGUCCCAAAGAGGAAUUGCUGUUGACCAAACAGGAUAGGCAGGGUUUAGAUUACCGUGGCUCACCUCUAGUUGAAGUCCAGAAGAAACUUGAAGAAUUAAAGAAAGAAGAGAAACAAGUCCCUAACAAGGAGGAAUCACCAAAGAUAAUGCUUCAGGUCAGCAAUUUGUCUUUUGAUUCAGAAUGUGAAAUACGAUCAGGUGACAUUGAGAGCGGGCCUCAGGGUAACCUCAAGAAACAGAUAGAACACUGGCAGAAGCAGUUACAGGAACAUCUGAGUGAUAAUAGUAAUUUAUAUACACCCCAGGAACAAGAUAAAUUGAAGCAGAAGGUUGACCUGUGGAAUAAGCAAUUGAAGGAACUUAAUGUCAUGGACACAUCUGGAUUUAGGCUUCUUGAACAGAAUGUCUUGAAGCAACAAAUUGAGCUUUGGCAGAGGAAGCUUCUUGCUAAGGAACGGCAACAUGAUGGUAGAAAAAAGUUCCAGGAACAGGAAACAGAAUUUUUAAAGAAACAAAUAGAAGUUUGGAAGAAAAAAAUUGAAGUUAUUGAGAAAUGUGCUGAUCUGUACACUACUGAGGAACGAGAUGUCCUUCAGCAGCAAAUAGAACUCUGGCAGUGUCAGCUAAUCAAGGAUGACAACAUGGAUAUUGAUGAGAAAGAGCAAAACCUGCUCAAGCGACAGAUUGAUGUAUGGAAAAAGAACCUGAGGGAGAAAAAGUUUGCAGGGUAUGCAUUCAGUCAACAGGAACAAGAUAUCUUAAAACAACAGCUUAAUGUAUGGCAAAAGCAGCUGCACUGUUGCAAAACUGGAAGUGUGUCAACAAAAAGAGAGAUACUUAAAGAACAAAUAGAUGUUUGGCAGCUGCAGUUACAGGAUGUGCAAAAGAACCCAAGUGAUGACAGUCAGAUUGAACAGGAAAUCUUAGAGCAGCAAAUUGAAUUGUGGCAGAGUAAGUUGAGUCAGAAAGACAAUCUUUCUGAGGAGAUCAUGUUAAAGCAGAUAGACAUUUGGAAACAACAGAUGGAUAGCAGUCGGAAAAUUGACGAUCAGUAUCUUGUUCAGGAACGGAUGAUAAUUGAAAAAGAGAUUCAGUUGUGGAAUAAGCGCCUAAGUGGUGAUGAUGUUGAGUGUGAAAAUUUUAUUGCUCUAGAACAAGACUUGCUUCAUGAGAAGAUCGAACUUUGUCAACAGAAGCUGAAGAAUAACAUUGCAACUGAUUCUCCAGAUAUUCAGCUAGAACAGGAAGUGCUUAAAUUGCAGGUAGAUCUUUGGCAACAGAAGGUAUCUGCCAUGCAGGAGAAGAAAUUGGCUGUGAUUAACUAUAAAGAAGAAGAACAAGACAUCUUGAAGACCCAAAUAAAACUGUGGGAAGACAAGCUGAUUAAACCAAGUGAGAAAAAUAGUGCUGUGGCUAUCAGUGAAAGAGGAACUGAAUUAUUAGCUCGAGAAGUUGACCUAUGGCAGAGAUGGCUUGAUGUGAAAAAGGAGAAAAAAGAAUCUCGUAUUAAGUUGAAGUUGCUUGAUGAAGAACUACAGAAGGAACAAAUCCGACUCUGGCAGGGUCACCUGGAGGUCAUUAAGAAUGAAACGCUUGGAUACACUGAAGAGGAACGUGACAUACUCAUGCAACAGAUUGAGCUCUGGCAGAAAGGAUUGACAGAGAAGAAAGAUGGAAAAACCAUCCAUUUGGCUGUGGAACAGGAAAUUCUCAAAAAGUACAUUGAUUUGUGGUACAACAAAAUGAGGCGUAACACGGCCAGCAGUAUCAGCGAGGAACGUGACGACGUUAGGCUGCAGAUUGAAAUCUGGAAGAAGCAGCUUAAUAUGUACACACUAGAUGACCACCCCUUAUCACACUCUGCCCGACAAGAUAUCAUUAACCAGCAGAUUGCCAUCUGGCAGAAAAAGCGUGAGAGAUGCAGUGUUGGUGCUGAUGAGCUUACCAGAAUUGAAAGUGAAAUUCUUCAGCAACAGAUUGAACUCUGGCAGAAGGAUCUAAUGGAAUAUGAGCAAAGAAAGGCAACUGUUGAUAAGGAAAUGCCAAAGGAGCAAAUAAAACUGUUAAAGAGAACCCUCUCUCAAAGAAAAAAAGAUGUUGAUCCUGAAAUUCUUGAACAAGAGAAAGCAAUAGUAAACCGACAGAUUGACCUUUAUCAGAAAAAACUGGACAAUGGUCACGAGCUUGAUAGCAGUGAUUUCAUAAAUGAUGAACAAAAAAUUUUAGAAGAGCAGAUUGACCUUUGGCAUCGGAAGUUAUGUCUCCCCGAUGAGGGUAAAGCAUUUUACUCUGAGAGUGAAUAUGAUAUUCUACAGAAACAAGUCAGCUUGUGGCACCAACAGUUGGUAGCAAUCCAACAUCGACAAGAAUAUCAGCGAAGACUAGCUCUCCAAGAACAGAAUUUGCUCAAAGAGCAGAUUAACCUUUGGGAAAUGAAACUGGAGGCAUUUCCAGACCCAGUUUUCAUGGUGGAAGAGCAAGAUGCCAUGAAAGACCAAAUAGAGUUGUGGCAACAACAACUUGAAGAACACAAGGGUAUCAUUCUCAACAAAACAGCUAGCACCCCUGAUGACCCAGAAUUGCGCAAGAUGGAAUUGAUGCUUAAAAGUCAAGAGGAGAUAAUCCAGAGCUUCAAAGAAGGUUUGAGAAACCUCCCAGAGAAUCUGAAGACUCGAGCAUCACCACCACCAGUAUUGUCCCCUCCUAUACCAGCCAAGGAAACAAAGCCUGUUCGAAAAGUUUCCUUAGAGUUUCCACCUCCACCAGAGACAUUUAGAGAUGAAGACUUCACUGCUGUGAAGUUAAAACAGACAGUACCAAAGCCCCCACCUAAACCACCUACCCCACCUCCUCUUACUCAUGCAUUGGCAAAUCUGAAAAAAAUUGACCAACCAGAAAGACCUACUUCCCCUGUAAAUGAGCAAGAUGGAAUUCUGAGAGCUGUUCCAGCAGUGGUACUGAAGAAACCAGCUUUGGCAAGGAAACCCAAGAGAAAACUGCCAGAACCAGUACUCAGUCCAAGAGAAGAACUAAUGCUGGAAAUAAAAAAUUUUGCUGGCCGAUCCAAAUUGAAAGGUGUGAAGUUGAAAGACACAAAAUGGUCGGGUACUAGUUACUCCUGA